UCGGAUUAGCUUCGCUGCAGGGCUGCGGCGUAAGUACUUGCCACCACACUGGAAUUGCAUGCCUGUCCGACUGUCGAGUUUGGAAAGUAUGCUUGAUCAAUAUUUCAAUGUGGAACCUGGCAGCUGUGUGGGACCGACGCUGAUCCAACGCCCAAUCAAGGACUCAGACAGCAGUCCACAGCACGUACUGUCAGGACGCUAUACGUAAUCAUACUGUAGAUCUGCUCCGCCCUGUCAACAUACUCGGAGCGAAGGCGCUCUGACAGUUUAUGCCAAAACUUCAAUUGUCAGUGCAAUAAUGCCGUGACCGUUGUCGUGCCUAACAAAGGCGGCGGCUAACAGGUGUCUGCAUGAACUUGAACCAGGUACGUGCAGCCAAUCUUCAUCACAAUACGGGCUACGGAUGCCAAUACUCAGCGAAACGAAUGAGACACUUGGUCCGAAUCAGGUCUGACUCUCCAGGACCAGCAGUUGUAUACCACUCUCCUGGCUCUGUCAGCGAGGGUCACGGUCCGUCGAUCGACGUCGCUCAUGUGCAAAUCAGUCCUAUUGGCUUAGAUUGCGCCAUCGCCAUUCAGGACGGCGCAGCCAGUGAACGUGGGCUGCUCACUGCUCCGACCGGAGACCGCCUGGAACACGGUAUUGGCAUGACCCACUGCGUUGGCGAGGACGCCUGUCGUGAUCCAUGGGCGGUCUGUCCAAUGCAGCUUGCCAGCAUUCCGAUGACCGGAACCAAUGACCGACUGAAAACUUCGGCGUCCGGUGUAUCUGUCGCGCAAACGUGCGCAGUAUUGGCCCCAUGUCAACUCGCCGCCACGGCACGAGCGACACUUUAUAAAGUGCGCGGUGAUGUGGUGAAUGCGCGCAAUGAUCGUUCAGCUCUUUAUGGUGCCAAUGCGCCAGACCUAUAUACUACUAGCCCUUGCCUACUCCGAAUCUCCGCGACACUGGCACGUCGUUGGUCGAACGAUAACGUGGGGAUGGCGCGUGAAGUGUCUUGCAAGCGCACUGAGUGGUGUCCGGCCGCCUGCGGGACAUGACUUUGUACAUACCUUCCAGGACAGGCUGAUGGAUCGUCGACGGCGCCCAGUGACUGCUAAGUCGGCGGCAUCUGUCAACACCACACUCGCAGUUGUUUGCUGGGAGCUAGUCGUAGCUCGCUAGCUCACCAAUUGAGGUCAUGCUCUACUGCUAAGUAGCAGCUCAGCAGUAGCGGCCUUGUCUCGUACUCACAGGCAGGGCCAUGCAUUGCUAGUUCGCCACGACUUGCGACUAAUCUCACCC